AUGUCAAGUAAUUCAAUGAUUGAUCAGUAUAAUUCACGUGAAAACUUCAAUAAUCUCAAUUCAUUAAGUCAUAAAAUUCAUAGCAACACAUCUAAUAAUGAUGAAUAUAAACAAAAAUUACUUGAAAAAGUCGAAAAUGCUAAUCAAAAUAGUGAUUCAUCAUUUCUUGAUACGCUUGAAAAACUUCGUCUCGAACAACGUGUACAAUUAGCACAAGUUGAACGUGAUUAUUACAAUCAAAUGCCAACAUCAUCAAUUGAUAUGCCUAACUAUACUCAGGAAAAACAAGUACAAAAAAAGCAUGAAACAAUAGUAACAAAAAAACCACCGUUACCAAAAUCAUCAAAACAAUUACCAUCACCUGUAUUUUUAACUGAAGAACGUGCUCAACAUCAUAUGCAUCAACGUUCAAUGUCUGCUAAUAUCAUUCAAAGACAUGAUGAUGAAAUAGCUUUUUGUCCACAUCGAACAUCAACUAGUAAUACAACAAAAACUGUACAUGAUCUAACAACUAAUCAUAUUAAA